GAGGAAUUUCAAGCGACAGGCGGACAGCCGCAAUUGCGCAUGACGAUUAAGGUCCCAUCUUCUCUAAUGAUCUGUGAUGUCAGUUCAUCUUGGGAAUCUUUGACAGGGACGAGAUUGAGAAAAGAUCCCAGUGUAAGUACAUACAAAAGGUAAUAAAGGACCAAGUUUUCGUUUGAAAGGACGUCGAAGAAAAGGUCUUACUAGAAUGGUGGCAGGUCGUUGCCUAUGCCUUCAAAUUGGUCAUGGUCGUGGUACAUCAGGCUGAAAGGUCCUCUAAGUCAGAAUAUGUUGGUGAAAAGUUUGCAAGCAGGGUUCGGCGGUACUACAAACCAGGGAGCAAGCUGGAUCAUAUUGUCAUACGCGUUGUCAAGGGAGAAUGCAUCGACCUCACGCUGCAUAAGAUUAUGACAAUAAAGGCUUUUUGAUUUUGGCUUCUACGGCAAUCGAGAAAUGACGGCAACAGGAGCACACACGUGACUCAAGUAUGUUUGCUCUCGUGAUGAAUGUAAGUAGUCUGACUAUAUUUUGCCUGGUGGAGGACCAUCACUCCUCCUCGGUUACUGAUUUAGUCUGCUUGGGUUGCUUGAAGCGUUUACCUAUUACCCUAAGCUGAGCAGUGAGCAUGCUAUUACUAACUUUGUUUUUGAGAAUGAAAUGCCAUUAUUUGAUUUAGGUAAAGAAAAACAAGGUUAAGAUAACGGCAUGCCUCGUCCUUCAGUACUAGUGCUACCUAUGAUGAAGUAGAUCAUCAUUUUCGUCCUCUUUCAUCUGUUGAAAAUAUUGGAAGAAUCCGGACUUGGACUUCGUGAAGCAUCCUCGAGUCCUUUCAGUACGUGCUGCUUUGCGAGAUAUUUUCUUUAUCCAGCCCAAUGCAGACGCUUUGAUGUUAAGGUGGCUCGUGCUACUCCAUUGCUAUUUUAUCACCUUGCAGUAAUCAAUUUUGAACUCUCAUUUUGAUACUCAGUUUCAAACAAAUCAUAGUACUGAUUGAAAACCGGUGGAAUUCUGGUCAUUUGUGGUUAAAGUUAUAUUACUGUUACCUCAAGUAAUGCAUCCUGCUAUUUUGUAUGUGGAGGAUCCUUGAAGCAUAUGCACCCAAGGGAUCAUAUUCAUCUUGUUUAGGGAUCCACGACGACCCCACAAAAAGGAUGAGUGAGUAGGUGCAAAAAUUCUAAUGAUGAGGGUGGGAAAUUUGAUCAUCACCAUGAAUAAUUGGACUCUCGCAGACUCGACGAGGCCUGUAGAAUUGGAGUUCGUCAGAGUGGCACCAGAGUGGUUGGCCGAACAUCCACGAAGAAAGUAUCACGUGCUUCGAAAAGUGAAGCAACAACUUAGACACAAGACAAAGUUGAGGCGAGAGGGUAGACUUUCAAUAGUAUCACUAUCUGGUCACGGUGUAACUCAAUUAGUAAUAUGACGUUUUUCGUUCUUUGAUUUGUUAGAGGGGAAAGCAACAACUCAUACUCACUCAACCACAGACCGUGGUUAGACGUCAGGAGCAAAGAACCUCUCCUUCCUUCGUUUCUCUCAUCUAACAAAGGAAGAGAUUUUUGAUGCCGUGCAGAAGACAGUGGGGAAUACAGAUUGGAAGAAUCCUGUUCUCGGUCAGCUCGAAGGUGCAAUCGACUACGACUCUUACCUUAUGUUGAGCAGGUUGAAAUGUAAAUCUUGAUAGAUGAUAAGUAUGAUGGACAAGAAGGAUCUUCUGUCACUCUAGAACUGUGACGAUGUAGCUUAACUGAAGGAUGCUUAUGCAAGCACUCACAUUGCAAGUGGAGAGCAGUGACAUGAGAACAGUGACGGAAUUACACAGCAAUUCUAUGUACAGGCACUGCUAAGGGUAGAAGUUGAAGCAUGAAGCUAGAGUCGUACUGGAUUCUAUGUCUUCUGCCUAGACUUUUCACUGCAACUACAAGCAAUAGUUGAACAGAGAGGGUUUGAUAGUAUCGACUGUUGAGGUAGCAACUUCAAGGUAUGAUCUAGUUUGCAACAUUGGUUAGGUCCAUAGUGGACGACAAGGAUUGGAAUUCGAUUAUUGGGCGAUAAAAAACCAUUUUUUCGAGGAUUCGCCUCAAAUUGAAGAGUGAGACUCAACUUUUCAAGCUUUCGAGGGCAUUUGAAUUGAAUUGCUUGGCGAUAAAAGACCUUUUUUUCGAGGAUUCGCUUCAAAAUGAAGGCCUAUACUCAACUUCUCAAGUUUUCGAGAUGUAGGCGCCGACAGUGUGUCUUUCUAACAUGAGUACAGUCUCUAGUUAAGCACUUAAAAUGGCCAACGUCAUAUCAAAAACGUAGAAUGUUGCUUUCAUCGAGUAAGUGCCUCUCCUCAUCCUUAUUCUCUUUAAGGUCGAGGUCGCCCUCUAUAGAGUCCUAGGGGAACACCCACGGGGAGUCGUGCUCCACCCCCAUCCUUUUCCCUGACCCUCUCGCCCCUGCCUUCCGGGCCUCCUGUUGGGUCCCUACUGGUCUCCCUGCAAUAAAGGCAACCCCGUCAGUUUCCCUGACCCUCCUGUGGGUUCUCUCCACUGGUCUCCCGGCAGCCACGGGCCCCCCGGUUGCCUUUGCGGGGAGACCAGUGGGGACCCAACAGGAGGCAGGGGCGGGAGGGUUGGGAAACUGGGUGGAACACAACCCUCCAUAGGUUUCCCCGUAGGCCUCUAUCGAGGGCGAUCUCGAUCCUACCCUGAUUCUCUCCCCAUCGUCCUAAAGCUAAUCCUUCCUUUUUCAUAUUGGUAAAGGAUCCGCAGGAGCAAAAGGACUUCUUUCCCUUGGACGCACGUUGCGACUUCGCUAGGGAUGUGCCGAGUGGCAACGCUUUGGAUCGAGGUCCGCAGCACUCUUUCCGCGAUCUUCAUCAGGAAGCAAGGGAUCGAAGGCAAGCGCGCGAGGAGUACUUCGGUCGCGCUGCGGCUCCGACUCCGUCGCCGUCUAAGAGUUAUGGCUUUAGCAUAUUCAUUUUCACCUUAAGAAGCACAAGCAUCUUCGAGUUUGACGUGUUUUCAGGAGAGAAAAUGGUCAACGAUACACUGCAGGAUGCAUAUUGGUAAGGUCUAACAGCAGCAGAGACGCAAGAGAAGACGGAGGGCCAGCACACAGAUAGAGCCUGAAGAAGAUCCAGAGAUCGAACUGGUGGUCGAAGUGAAGGACGGCAAACCAGUGGAAUUGAUCGACUGAGUCGUGCAAGGUCUUACUUGUUUGGACAAACAUUUUUUUGUAAUACCAACUUUCUCUAUGGAUGUAUGUUGUACUACUUGCAUACUUGAUAACCGCCGUCUUCUUGCACUCGCGUGAGUACAGAUGUUUGGAU